AUUUUGAAUUAUUAAAUUAUGUCUGUAAUUGAAAUUAUUGAUAUUAUGGACUAUGUAGGUGAUGGUAAACGCCCGUUUGUUGAGGGCUCAGAGAUAUUAAAAUAUAACCACAUAAUAGAGUUUGGUUUAAAAGAGCAAACAAAAAAUAAACUCGUUAUUAUGGCUUUGUGUUUGCAAACCUCCAACAUUAAUGGUCAUCCUCAUGAAGUUUUAGUAACAAAAACUAUUCAUGAAGGUAAUGUGAAUGUGUCAGGUUCCUGCUCAUGUAAAGCAGGCACGGGGAAGUGUAAGCAUGUUGUUGGCGUUAUUCUUAAGUUACAGAAAACUUCAAUUGACAGUUUGGAGGAAUUGAGUUGUACUGAAUUAUGCCAACAGUGGGGAAAGGUUAAAAGUAUUGGAACUGAGAUGUACCAAACAAUCCCAGUAAAAAAAUUUUGUCAUGUCGAAAAGUAUAUUUCUCCAUAUUCAGAAACUUUGCCAGAUGUAUUACCAAAUAAUAUUGAGGAAAUUGUAUAUGAAACUUUAAUUGAAGGUAUUGAAUUAGAUCCCAAUAUAUCUGAUAAGUUUAAGAUUCAUUUCGAUGUACCUCAAGGGGGUCAUUUAUCAUCUAAUGCUGGGUUGCAUAAACAAUUUAUAAAUUUAAUGGACCAAUAGUAGGCCACUAAAUCGUGUUUAAGGGACCUUUAGCUCACUAUUGAUUCAUUAAAUGUUUUGUGUAACCGGACACUACUGUUUUUAUUAUUUUUUAAUUAAGUAAAUUCUCUUUUUAGUCACAGUAAUUGUUUGUAU